GAGAGAGAGAGAGAGAGAGAGAGAGAGAGAGAGAGAGAGAAUGGAAAAUGAUUCGCUCACGCCCUUUUACACCUUUCAGCGUCACUAGCCACCUUGAAUCUCAUGCAAAGCUCAAAUAAUCAAAACUAGCCUGACUGAACAUUUAACUCGCCUUUGUUUCCAUAUCUUCUUAUAAAAGACUGACAAUGAGCAGCCGGCGGCGCCGAUGCAAGCGUCAGUUGAUCAAGUUCACUCAGCAUAUUGCUCGAUUUAUCACAGGAACUCUAAACUCAGAUAAUGAGGACGAAGACCAGGAGAGCACAACGGAGCAGUACCACCGCGAAAAUCUGGAACAACUGCAAUCGCAGACCCACUUUACCAGACAAGAGCUACAGCUACUCUACAGAGGAUUCAAGAAUGAUUGUCCAAGUGGAGUCGUGAAUGAGGACACAUUUAAAAACAUCUAUGCUGUGUUCUUCCCAAUGGGAGAUGCAUCAAAUUAUGCAUAUUUCCUCUUUAAUGCAUUUGAUAAAGAUCAGAAUGGCUCUCUUAGUUUUGAGGAGUUAGUUUGUGAUCUCUCUGUUCUCUUGAGAGGCACUACUGAAGAGAAACUGAACUGGGCUUUCAAUUUGUAUGACAUCAACAAAGAUGGGAACAUUUCCAAAGAGGAAAUGUUGGAUAUAUUAAAGUCUAUUUAUGAUUUGAUGGGAAAAUCUAUCCAUCCGCGGCUUAAAGAAGAUGCAAUACGACAACACGUCAAGAUGUUCUUCCAAAAAAUGGAUAUAAACCAGGAUGGUGUAGUUACUAUUGAUGAAUUCAUUGACUGCUGCAAAAAAGAUGAAAAUAUCAUGCAAUCUCUUAAGAUUUUUGACAAUGCGGUCUGAAAAUCAGACAGGAUUUCCACUACCAGCGCUGGAUAUCAUUGGAUAUCACAACACUCAUUAGAUAUCAGCUAUUUAUCUUUUGUGAACUGAUUUUGGAUUUCGCAGUAUUGCUUCCACAGUACCCUUUCAAAAGGUACACCUUUGUACCCAAAGAGUGCAUAUUAGUAAUUCAAAGUUCAGUGGUUGUAUCCUCCGAGAGCUGCAUUCCAAGACUGAAAGCUUCACUGUGGGACCAUGAAGGCCAUUCUAUUUUGAAGCCUAUAAAUGUGGCCUUGAAAUAUAUAAUUUUUUCCCAAGCAUAGAAAGGUCCCAUCCUAUAAUUUAUUAUGUGUUGAUGACAACUGGAUUUUCUAAAAACAUUUAUUGUAAGUAAAAGCAUGUAAGUGCAAUCUUGUAGAUCAUUGAUGUAAUAUUUGAAAUAUCAAAAGUAUGUAUUGUACAGAAAAGUGGUUCCUGUCAACCAUUUAUAUGAUGUUUUUAGAUGAAUAGCUAUUUCUCUGUUUGUUGGAUUUUACUUUUGUAUUUGUUUAAGGUUUGUUAAUUUGAUAUACUGUUGGGUAGUUUCAUCUACAGCAAUGUAAAAUAAUCUAUGAAAUAAAAAAAUCUG